AUGGCUGGUGAGAUGCUAAUUUUUGUCCCUUGUAAACUCAUGAUUUUCCAGAGAAUGCACUCUAUUUCGACAAAGGAAAAUCCAACAACAACAAUACAACGAAAACCAAUACUACAUCAACAAUGCUGCCAAAUACUCUGGAUUUUGGAAGAUUGUCAUCGAAUUCGGGCACAAAUCGCAAGAAAAAGGGAAAAUCGAGAUCGAGAAGACCUUCUACUUCAUCAGCACCUUGUAAAACUGUGUCAUCGGAAGAAUUGACGGGUGGAUCUGCUGGAACUGCUGAGAAGAUUGUUGAGUGUGAUCCGUGGAUUGAGAGUUGGUCGAAGAAGUUGGUGACUAGAGAAUGGUAUCAUGGUGUUAUGCCGAGAGAGGAUACGAAUAGCUUGUUGAAGGUAAUGAGGAAUUUUGAAAUGUUCUCAUAAAACUGCAAAUCUCAACGUCUAAUAUGAGUUAUGUCGUGGCAAGAUUGGAAAAUGUCGAAAAUUGUGAUCUUUAGAGGGUUAUAACUAGCUUCCACUAUGGAUUUCAAUAAAAUAUCGAGUCGCAAGCUGGUUGUACAAUAAAAAUUUUCCAGAAUUUUCCAACUUUGCCACGUCAUAACUCAUAAUAGAAACUGAGUUUUGCAAUUUUCAUGAUCAGUGGGUCGAAAAUUACCAGAAAAUCCUGCUCUGAAACUGCUUGAAAUUGUGAAAAUCCCAGAAUUUUCAGUCAAUUUCAAGCAGUUUCAGAAAGACGCGGAAGCUAUGCUCAAAUUUUGAAUUUGAUAUUUUCUAGUGAUUUUCGACCAGCUAAUCACGAUAUCGUUGUCAAAAACUGCAAAACUCAACUCAUGAGUUAUGACGUGGCGAAGCUGGAAAAUUUAAAUAAAAAUCGUGACUUUGGGAGAAAUUGUUUGCUCCAGAAGUCACGAUUUAUCAUAAUUUGGCACGUCAUAACUCAUGUUGAGCUUUGCGAUUUUUGACAACUGUCUAAAAUUACUAAAGAAUCCUGCUCUGAAACUGCUUGAAAUUGUGAAAAUCCCAGAAUUUUCAGUCAAUUUCAAGCAGUUUCAGAAAGACGCGGAAGCUAUGCUCAAAUUUCCAAUUUUUCCAGAAAGAUGGUGAUUUCCUCGUCCGCCGAACAACCGAAAAAUCCAAAAUCAUAUUCUGUCUCACUGUUUUUCACGAAAAAGAGCCCCGUCAUUUUGUGCUCCUGAAUGUCAAUGGAUUUUGGACUUUGAAAGGGCUCGAAACAUCGGAAAGAUUUGAAGAUUUGGUUGAAUUGCUCAAUUAUUUGACAUCAAAACGAAAACCACUUUUGCCAAAUAAUAAUGUGAUUUUGGUGAGAGCAAUAUCUCGAUCAAAAUUCUAUAUUCUACACGAUGAUAUUUUAUUGACUGAUAAAUUGGGAAGUGGUGCAUUUGGACAAGUUUGGAAAGGAAAAUGGAAAAGGAUGAAUGAAGGAGAAGAAGUUCAAGUGGCUGUGAAAAGAUUGAAAGAGGGAAAUGUGAAAAAGGCAAUGUUGAAAGAAUUUGUCAGAGAAGCGAAAUUAAUGAUGAAUUUGUCGCAUCCAAAUUUGGUUAGAUUUGUUGGAAUUGCACCAACUGAAGAGCCAUUGAUGAUAUUGUUGGAAUUGGCGGGAAAUGGAUGUUUGAAGAGUCAUUUGAAGAAGGAGAAUAGUAGAAAUACUGUGACAUUUGAUGAUUUGGCAAAGUUUUGUAUUGAUACUGCAAGAGGUAUGACAUAUUUAGCAUCGAAAAUGGUUAUUCAUCGAGAUGUUGCCGCUAGAAAUUUGUUGCUUGGUGAUAAUAUGGAAGUGAAAAUAUCCGAUUUUGGAUUGGCGAAAUGUGGAAAAGCUGAAGUGAAAUGCACCAAACUCAAAGUUCCCAUCCGCUGGCUUGCACCUGAAUCAAUUGAUACUUUGGUGUUCACCACGAAAUCUGAUGUUUGGUCGUUUGGUGUGACGAUUUGGGAGAUUUUGGCGUAUUGUUCCAGCGAUCCGUUUCCUGGUUUAACAAAUGCGGAAGCGAAGGAUAUUAUUCGAACAAAAAGUCCACCAAUGGAUGCACCAAUUGAUACACCAAAACAUAUUGCCGCAAUUAUGUAUGAUUGUUUUGCCAAAAAACCGGAGUUUCGCCCGAGUUUUAUGGAGAUUUUGAAGAAAUUAUCGCCGGAUGAAGAUAUUGAGGUGUUUAAGAGAAAUACACCAUUAGAACCGAUUUCGUCGAAAUCUGAAAGUGGAAGAAAACAAAAGAGGAAGAAGAAGUAUGGAAGUUCGGGAAGAACUAGAGAAGAUACCAGAGAGGAUUGGUAAGAUUUUUGAUUUUUUUUUUUGCUUUAAACAAAAUUGUUUUUUUAGAUGGCUGUGAUGAAGAGAAUACGAGAUCCUUUACCUUUUUUACAUGAAGAUUUUUAUUUUUGAAAAAAAUUAAAUUUGAAUUCGUUAUUACUGUAAUGUGAAGCACUAAAACGCCAAAAUUUCAAAUUUAAGUAAUUUUCAACAAAAUUCUCUUGAAAAAAAUCCCGUGAAUUUUCACAAAAUUUUUACGUUUCACAAAAUUUUCAUAGAAAUUUAGAAAAAUCAAUUUUUGAUAUUUUGAUGCAUAGGAGCUUUCAGCAAAAAUACCCAAUAUUAGAAUUGUCUGGCGCCAAAAAUCAAGGAAUACUGUCUGUAGCUCAAAAAUAUUUUGAAAUAUUUUUGCUCCAAAAUUGCCACGUGGCACAAAAGCUACAAAAACCCCUAGGCUAUAAAAAAAUAAAAUUUCAAAUUUAAAAUGUUUUUAUUAUGGGGCUAUUCAGCGAAAAAAAAAAUGUUUUCUCAACGGGAGAAAAGCGGAGAAAACCUAUUCAAGUCGGUUGAGAAAACAUAAAAAUCAAACACUUGAAACACACAAAUUGCGACGAGACCCAACGAAAAACAACAUGUUCCUUUAAGAUACUGUAGAAAAUCGCAACGGGACCAAUUUACAGUAAUGCAAAAGGUCAAAGGAACAUGUUGUUUUUCGUUGGGUCUCGUCGCAAUUUGUGUGUUUCAAGUGUUUGAUUUUUAUGUUUUCUCAACCGACUUGAAUAGGUUUUCUUCGCUUUUCUCCCGUUGAGAAAACAUUUUUUUUUUCGCUGAAUAGCCCCAUUAUCGUAAUUAAUUCAACUUUGCUUGGAUCACACAAUAUAAGGAAUAUCUUUGAACUUUUCUGUCUCUUUUGGUUGAUUUUUAUAAUUUUUUGCAAAUAAAAUUAUUAUUUGGUACGGUAGAAUUCAAAGGAACAUUGAAAACACACAGGGUCUCGAUAACCCGCAAAUAUUUUAUCUUUUCAAAAAAAAAAUUGUUUUUUUGUUCUCGAAAAAAACACGUGAAAAACGUGUAACGCUGCUGGAAAAACCCAUUUUUGGAUUAUCUGAAGCAAGAAUAAGGUGAGUUGGUUUUUCAGGUCGAGUUUUGAUGAAAAUCAAAGCAUUUUUCAGGGAAAAUCGAGAAAAGUCGAAGAAUUACUGCAAAUCUUGGUGGAAAUCGCUGAAAUGUCUUGA